AGCCGCAUUCCUCUCAUUCAACUGCUGCACAUGAGGAUUAAUAUUAUUAUUAUUAUUGUUUAUUAAUUUGUCAACAUGGCUGCUGAGUCCGGAUGCAGCACAUCUGCCGCCGCCCAAAGUGCUGCGUCACCCGCAGCCUGCGAUGUCUCUCUUCUCACAUCGAGGGAGUCCGAGCUGAGGAUUGUUGUCGUCGGCAGGACGGGAUCAGGAAGAAGCUCCUCGGGCAACACCAUCCUUGGUAGCUCGGCCUUCAGGGCGGACCAGUCCCCCUGCUCGGUCACCACCAGGUGCACCCAACAGACCGGGACAUCUGCCGGAAGGUGCAUCUCGGUGGUUGACACUCCUGGGUUCUUCCACACCAACAUGUCCACUCAGGACGUCAUAGCAGAGCUGGGACAAUGUGUAGUCCUGUCCUCCCCGGGACCCCACGCCAUCUUGGUGACCCUGCACCCCGGCAGGUUCACCCAGGAGGAGAAAGACAGCCUGGAGUGGAUCAAGGCAACGUUCGGACCCGGAGCCUCCAGGUUUACUUUGGCGUUGUUCACCUGGGGGGAUCAGCUCCGAGGCAAGAGCGUAGAAGAGCGUCUGGCGGAGAACGACGAGCUGUCGGCGUACGUCAGGAGCUGCCGUGGUGGCUUUCACGUCUUGGACAACAGCGACCGGGAAAACUGUUCACAGGUGGAGCACCUUUUGACAAAGAUAGACAAGAUGGUGGCGGACAACGGCGGCGGCUGCUACAGCGGUGACAUGUUCAAGGAGGCCGUGGAUGCCAUCACGGAUGCACAGGAGAGGAUUCUGGAAGGCGGCGGACAUACGUGGCUGUGUAUGGAGGACAAGGACCGGCAGGUAGAGAAGAGCAGGAGGGAGGAAGAAGAGACCAGGAGGAGGUCGGAGAGGAUCUUCUGGUGCGAGCUGGUGACCGCGCUGGGGAAAGGAGCGGCAGAAGGGGCCGGGAUCACGGAAACGAGAGAAGGGAAGGCCGGGAAGAAGGUCAAGGUGGUGGAGAAGAUCAAGGUGGUGGAGAAGAUCAAGGUGGUGGAGAAGGUGGCGGCUCUCGUCACCUCACCCUUCUCCGUCUGUUCCGCCGCAAAGGUAGUUGGGGGAGCCGUUAGAGAAGGAAGUAAAGUUCUGUUCAAACACCGCAAAACCUUCUUACACUAGGAGACACUGGACUGGAAACAAGGACAGUCAAAACCCGACAACUGGCCCGGCGUGCUAACUGACAUCCAUUUUGUGCUAAAAUACAUAUCGUCACACCUGGAUCGUGUUUUGUUUUCUCGUCUUAUGUUUUGAUUUUGGACAUUCAGUCACGUUUUGCACUUCCUGGUUUUGUCUAUCUGUGAUGAGGUGGCGACUUGUCCAGGGUGUACCCCGCCUUCCGCCCGAUUGAAGCUGAGAUAGGCGCCAGCGCCCCCAUAAGGGACAAGCGGUAGAAAAUGGAUGGAUGGAUGGGUUUUGUUUGUUACCAUAGCUACUCAGUUUCCCCUAGUCACGCCCCAAUCGUCAGCCUCUCACACCUGUUUUUCAUUAGAGUAGAAGCAUUUAAGUCUCACCUUAAAACUCAUCUGUAUACUCUAGCCUUUAAAUAGACCUCCUUUUUAGACAAGUUGAUCUGCCGCUUCUUUUCUUUUUUCUCCUAUGUCCCCCCCUCCCUUGUGGUCCGAUGACCAUGGAUGAAGUACUGGCUGUCCAGAGUCGAGACCCAGGAUGGACCGCUCGCCUGUGUAUCGGUUGGGGACAUCUCUACGCUGCUGAUCCGCCUCCGCUUGAGAUGGUUUCCUGUGGACGGGACUCUGGCUGCUGUCUUGGAUCCGCUUUGAACUGAACUCUCGCGGCUGUGUUGGAGCCACUAUGGAUUGAACUUUCACAGUAUCAUGUUAGACCCGCUCGACAUCCAUUGCUUUCGGUCCCCUAGAGGGAGGGGGGGGGGGGUUGCCCACAUCUGAGGUCCUCUCCAAGGUUUCUCAUAGUCAGCAUUGUCACUGGCGUCCCACUGGAUGUGAAUUCUCCCUGCCCACUGGGUGUGAGUUUUCCUUGCCCUUUUGUGGGUUCUUCCGAGGAUGUUGUAGUCGUAAUGGUUUGUGCAGUCCUUUGAGACAUUUGUGAUUUGGGGCUAUAUAAAUAAACAUUGAUUGAUUGAUUACCACUGCUACUAUUUAAGCAUUUUACUUUCUGUCCAUCAGUCUGGGAUCUUCACACUCGCACACACGCUACCCAUGCUGCACCUCUUUCAUGCCCUCGUCCAGUUCAUGCCGUGUAAGUUUGUGUAUUUAUGCCACAGUGCUAGUUUUGCUUUGUUUGUAUAUAGUCAUGCCAUGGUGCGGUUUUGUUUUAAGUUUUGUAUAGAUUAUUAUCCGCCACAGAGCACAUCCUUGGUUUGCCUUUUUGUAGUUUGUUUGUUUAUUUAAUAAAUAUCAUGUACUUACAUUCAUGCCUGACUAGUCCUACAUCAUCCUUGCAUCGAGGAAGCACAAACAUCCACAGUCUGAGCCUGACACAUAUGAGUUGGGAAAUUGUGUUAGAUGUAAAU